GGAGAUGGAGGAAGAAGAUGAGAUCGACAGAAAGGCGGAACAGUUCAUAGCAAAGUUUUACCAACAGAUGAAGAUGCAGCGCCAGAUCUCAUUGCUUCAGUACAAUGAGAUGCUCCCCAGAGGCUUGGGACCAUAUCGGAGCGCGGAACAGGCACGUCAUCUCUUUGGACCAUGUAUUCCAAGUCGCCCCCUCCAACCCACCACUGUGACCGCCACGUGUCUAGAGACGUCAUCUAUAUUUCCAUGAAACAAAAAAGAUGUCUCCUACCGUUUCAAGUUACCCGCUGGCUUACCGUCAUUAUUAUUGGACGAAACUGCAGACGCACCCCACAUGGACAAAGUAGUACGCAAUCGCUUCCUCGAAUUCAUCGCACUUUCCCAAAGCACAUCUCGAAUUCCCGGUGUGCUUCCACAAGGAGCAUAGAGAGAGGGAGGGGGAAAACGAACCGAUCGGUUCUUGGGAUCUUGGUCGGUCGAAGGGGGAGGAGAUGGAGGCGUCGGCGUUGAACCGGGGACGGCGAUGGACGGUUAGGAGAGCCGGAGAUUCGCCGGCGGCGCAGGGGAAGAGGCCCCGCCGUCGUCUCCGGCUGUUGCGGUACGAGGAGCUGCCGGAGUACCUCAAGGACAACGAGUUCAUACUGGACCACUACCGCUCGGAGUGGCCGAUUCGCGACGCCCUCCUCAGCGCCUUCGCUUGGCACAACGAGACGCUCAACGUGUGGACGCAUUUGGGAGGAUUCUUCCUCUUCUUGGUUUUGAUGGUGGCGGAGUCGAUGGCGGUGAUCGAUGAGGUCACUGGCGCGGUCGUCCCCGGGCUCUCAGCAUCGGCAUUUCUUUCGAUGGUUAGAUCUUCGAAUGCCACAGAGAACAGUUGGUCAGGGAAUGCUUUGCUGGAGUCUUCAGCUCUGCAAUCAUCAUGGCUGGGAACAACCUUCUCAGUUGAUCGAGCCAUACCGAGAUGGCCAAGACUAGUAUUUUUACUCGGAUGCAUGGGCUGCCUUGUCGUCAGUGCCAUUUCCCACCUCCUUGCUUGCCACUCUCACAACCUCAACCUCUUCUUUUGGAGGCUUGACUAUGUGGGCAUCUCCCUCAUGAUUGUCUCAUCCUUUGUUCCUCCCAUCUACUAUUCCUUUCUCUGCCAUCCUAUUGCCCGUCUCACCUACCUUUCCGCCAUUGCCAUGCUUGGCCUCCUCACAAUCCUCACUCUUCUUGCGCCUGCCCUCUCCUCCUCACGCUAUCGCUCCUUUCGUGCCAUGCUCUUCCUCGCCAUGGGCUUCUUUGGGGUUGUCCCAGCCAUCCAUGCAAUGUGGUUAAACUGGGAGCAUCCUGAAGCCCAUUUGGUGUUGGGAUUGGAGGUAGCAAUGGCCAUAGCAUAUGCCUCAGGAGCAGGCGUGUAUGUUAGCAGGAUUCCUGAGAAGUGGCGACCAGGGGAGUUUGAUCUCAUUGGACAUAGCCAUCAGAUAUUCCAUGUUCUUGUGCUUGUUGGGGCGCUUACGCACUAUGUUGCCACAACUGUGCUUCUCAAUUGGCUGGACAGAGCAAUGACAUCAUGCAGUGUGUUCUAUGACUCAAGGGUUUCCUUGUGAUGGUGUGUUCCAUAGCAGUGCCAACUGUGAUUCAUGGUUUUCCUUGUGAUGGUGUGUUUCAUGGAAAGACUGAUUUGAUGAUGAGGCCAGAGAGGGAUGGAGAUUAUAAUGAAGAACACAUGUAAAACAUUUGAUAAGGAAUUGACAGAAUGUUUCAUUGAAGCAAGAAUUGAGGAAGAUUUGCCAGCUGAUGAUGCUGUUUCUGUUGCAUUUUUCACGAUGUACUUGGUAUAUUAUCAGAGCAUUUUUAGUAGACGUUGUGCUCAAUAUUCAUUUAUGGGAAUUUUUCCUUGAGGUAGCAACCAGAGACUUUGAUGCUGGCAGUGACUAUCAUGGGUAUUGCUUCCAAAAUUUUCAACAUUAUAUGUAAACAACUUUGACAACCCUCCUAUAAAUAAUGGCUUUGCAAUGGGGCACUUGGCAACUAGCAAAUAUUUUGCUUAAAAUUUACAGGUAGCUCAUUGGGUUCAUGUUCUAUGAAUAGCAGGGAAAGAUAGUUAUUAUUUUGUCUGCAUGUUUGCUAAGAAUAUUCAAGCCUAAGAAUAAAAAUAUAAACAUUCAAAUCUAAGAACAAAAAUAAUGUAUCAUGUUAAUCAGCUGAAUGACAUCAGAUGUCUAUAUUAUUGUGGUGGCUAGUUGAUAAUAUUUCUGCUUGGAUGAUUAUAGCACCUUAUAAGUUGUAAUUAUUUGUUGUCAUGAGAUAAAUGAAGAGUAAACUUUUAUGUGUUAAGAUUUUGUAAAAGCAUUAAACCUUGAUCAGGAAGAAAAUGGAUGGGUGGAACUAGCAUUUUUUAAGAGGAUAAUUUCAUGUCCAUGCAUACCUUAUUCAGAUUAUAAGAAUUUUCUGGAUAAAGAACUUUUAAAUCUGCUUUCCUUUUUUCUUUCCUUUGUAGCCAUGGUAAAUCACUCAAGAUACAUGUCUAGACCAACAUUUAAGUCAUAGUUCCUUUUUCUAUAGUUUUGAUCAGGUUAUAGCAUCUAUAUGAUUUGACUCUUGAUCUUUACUAGCUGUAUCAUGCUUUAUUUAUUCAACAGUCUAUAACAAUUUUCAAAUCAACUAAAUUUCCACUUUGUGGUGAUUAUAUGCGCUCAUCAUUUAUUCAUUAAUCAUUCUAAUCACUUGGAAGGUAGAGGCUUCUCCCUGCAUGUAAUUUUGUUUGGUUUGUGUUACCAGAGUUAUAGGUGAUGGAUUGGUUUGCGCAACUGACUGGUUGUGUUAAUUGACUUCAGUAUUCAUGGCUGCUAACUACAGCUGCAGCGAUUGAAGAUUGUCAUUGAGAAAGUCCUUCAGAAACUGGUUGAUCAUAUUUAUGUGAUUAGAGGAGUUCAUAUUCUGGGUUACACUGUUCAUAAUAUUAAGAUGUAUCCUUAACCUAUUGGAAGUUCAUCUUGCGGCAUAUAAACUGGGAUAUUUAGGUGCCUUUAGUUUGUGGGACUGGGAUCAAUAUUUUCUAUUGAUUCACUUGUCUGCUUGGUAUCGCGAGGAAGUAAUUUUGGCUUUU